AAACGUGAAUGAAUGAAGAAGAGGCUUGAGACGCAAGCUCCUACUUUACGACAGACAGUAAGCGAUAGGGCUUUUUGGCAAGAUGGUUUCCUCCGUGCUGUGUGCUGGCACGGUAAGCAGGGUAAGUUCGGUCCUCCAGAGAGAUGGCAAGCAGUUCGGCAAGCAGUUUCUCUUUGACCAUAAAGAGGAGACCUGUUGGAACUCUGAUCAGGGAUCAUCUCAAUGGAUCACACUAGAGUUUCCAGAGAGCGUCUGGGUUUCCCAAAUUGACAUCCAAUUCCAAGGUGGUUUUUCCAGCAGAACUUGCACAGUGGAGGGAUGCCAAAAAGGUGAGGAAUAUGUGAAAAUAGCAGAUUUUUACCCAGAAGACAUCAAUGCCCUUCAGAAAUUUAGUUUUCCCGAACAGUCCGUGCAGAAGAUCAGAAUUUCGUUCUCGAACACUGCAGAUUUCUUUGGAAGAAUUGUUGUUUACCAUCUGGAUGUUCUAGGCCGGAAGUAAAACGGGUUUCCAUUUUUGGUGAAUGGAGAAGUUUUUAUUUUUCGAGUAGAGGUGGACCAAGAAAUGGCGUCCUAUACAAGCUUGAUUCAAAACUGAAUACAUUAGGAUAAUAGUAGUGACUUCAACUGGAAUUUUUACAAUGUAAUGUGAACAUUUGGGGCAAAAUGAUGGUAAAAACGUGGUGCCUGUUCAUCAACGUUACGAUGAGUUUUAGCACCCAGAUUAGAUAUAUGGUCUCCUCAAUCAUCAUCUGUUUUACAAAUGUUAUUACAAGCAUUUUAUUAAAUGAACCCACUACACCUUAA